UUCAUGAUGUCAGGGCAUGCAAAUAAAGGACUUCGGACGUCGACGGCAAGCUUUCGGAGGGAAUUGUCAGGUGUAGUUUGGUAGGCUACUGAAAUGCCUUUGGACCCCUCAGGGCAAGCUCGUGCCAGAAAAGGACAAUACAAAAGUGAGGUCUGAUUUUUGAGAAGCACUGCAGAUGAUCUGGACUUCAGACUUGGCUCUUCUUCUAGAUCAUAAGCUACUGGAUUACUGGACAUUUGUGCUUUCCUAUGGAUUGUAUGCAAUAACCAUCACAAUCUUCAUUAAUAGACUAUUCUCAGUUCUUGUUGAAAAAUAUGAGCACAUCAGCUGUCAUGCAUGUUGAAGAUGAUCCAGAACGGUCCACCAAGCCUAAGCAAAAGGAGAGUUUGGAGACCAAGGUGAGAGAAGAAGCUGAAAACAGAGGUAGCCUCAUGUUUACUUCAGAUUCUUCUCACCUUAAAAGCAUGGAGAACAACUUAACGAAGGAACGAUGUCUCACUGGACAAAGGUCAAAGCCCAAACUGGUAUCCGCUCAGGCAGUGCUCUCGUCCAGACUGCUUCCAGAGUCUAUUCAGGAGGAACCUGUAGUGACUUCAGAAAAUGCAACAGGCACUCCAGGGAAUAUGGCACCUAAUGCUGUCAUGGACUACCAUGAAUCCAAUGGUGGAAAGCCUACAGAUGAAGAAAGAGAGGAAAAGGAUGGAACAACAACUAGUACUGAAAAGGAUUCAUUAACAGACAGCAGCAAAGUCUCCAGAAAGGCCAUGUGGCGAGCAGGACAAAGGGCAAGAUGGAAGGGAAAGAGGAGAGAAAGGCUGGGAGGCAGCGUGGAGGAUCUCACACAGGAAUCUGAAGCUGAAGCUGUUCAGAAAGAUCUAGGAAACCAUGAAAUUAGAUGGAGGCACCAACAACAGCACUGGGGGUGUAAAGAAAGUAAAGAUCAAGGUUCAAUAGAAAAGGAGGACAGGCUAUGCAACAGAAGUAGAGGGCAAGGAACCAUGGAGGGGGACUCUGAAACCAAAGGAUUGGUGUCACACAACAUUUUAUCGAGGGUCCUCGCUCACUCUCUCGCCUCAUCCUCAUCAUCCUCGUCUUCAUCCUUCAACUGCUCCUCAGCGGAAAGUGAUGAGGUGUUCAGCGAGGGUGAGGAGAUCAUCAAGAAGAAGGACAUGAGACGGUGUCGAUCCUGGAGGACGUUUCUGACCAUGAUGCAAUGGUCAUUAAGAAGGCAGAGCUCCUGGAUUCAGCUGGCUGGACAUCAAGGCAUGUGAACUGUAUUUUUUCAGUG